AUGAGCAUCGCAGCACAAGAACGCAUCAAUGCAGCCCUCAAUCUCAUCCCCCAACACCUGGACCCAAUCGAGCGCAAAAUCUACGUGACGCUUUGUGCUCACAUUGGCCAUACAGACGAACGGCUACGUAGAGUACUCAGAAUCACUGAGAACCUUGCGUUACAAGUCAAGUUUAAAGGGGGUCCAGAUCUGGGGACGAAGAACCUGUCCAUAGCCUUUGUGAGUGAAGGAAGACAGUUGAUCUUCUUGGUCGUCAUUCAUACUGUUGACCCGGAGAACCCGAAGGAAUUUCGCACAAUCGAAAUUCUCAGAGCAAGGGGGGAAAGAGAUGAAGACGCGGGUGUUGUGAUUGACGAGGCAGCUGCUAGUAGGAACAUGUUGAAGUUUAGUUAA